AUGGAUGUCCUCACCUGGCAGCUGCCCAUUGUCUGCGGUUCCUGGCUCAUACUUGGCCUGGCCGCCAUCUACUUGCUGACCAACUUUAGCCUGCCCAGCCUCUUGGGCCUGGCGGGUCUGAUCAUCAUCGGUCUAGUCAUGCUCUAUGCUGCAAUUCAGCGCGUCGAGCCCUACCAGGAGCUCAAGGAUCAUCCGUUGAUGGCGGAGAUGAGAUUGCCGCCCGAAACAGUGAAGCUAAUGGCCGACAGGAUGCACAACUGGAUUAACCGCUGGCUGGCCACCGGACAGUACCUGAUCUUUGACCAGGAUUAUCGUCCCAGUAUUCUUUUGGCCAUCACUGCAUCCUUUUUGUCUGUGACUUGUGCCUACUUUGGCAGCACCACGGUGAUUAUGAUGGCUCAUUGCUUGGUCUUUUUUCUGCCCACAUUGUGGCCGCACUUGGUUCGUGAGUGGAAUCAUGUCAAACGCCUGCCCUGGCCGCCGCGCAUGAUGCGUUUAAGGUUCCAGAAGCAGAAUGUCAUGAUGCUCAGCCAGGAGAUCAUUUACGAGGAGGAUAUUACAGAUAAAGAAAAGAGGAUAAUGCAGAAAAUCAACAGCCGGAGGAAGUCAGAGGUAUUUAGAGAAGUGUCAGGAUCAGAAGCAGGAAGAACACACCAACACCAGAGACCAGUUAAACAACUUAAACAAACUUGCACUCAUUCAAUCACAUCGACUUUAAAUCAGUUCUUUAUAUUUUAACCCUCAUGUUGGCUGCACAAAUGUGAAAUUUACAAUCACUUUUCUAUCCUAUAUACAUAACAAAAACCCU